GGCCGGGCCGGUCGCGCGCCGCCAAUCCGCGCGCUGCAAGAUGGCGGCUGCGGGAAGCGUGGCGCGGGGCGGCGGGCGGGCGCCGUAGGGCCGCGGCGGCUGGGCUCCCGCGGCGCCCCGCAUGGAUCCCGGCGGCAGCCAGCCGGACCCCGGCCUCUCGCAGCGGGGCACGCCCUGCCUGAUCGUGGCGGACUCGCAGCCCGAGAGCGUGGGCCCGGAGGAGGACGCGGAGCAGGCCUGCCUCGGCGUGCUCGCCCGCCGGCUGCCGGUCCGAAGGAGCCCGAGCCCCGUGCUGGAGAUCGUCCGCGGCCCUGCCGGCGGCCGGGCGCCCGCGGGCGGCGGGGCGGACAGGGAGCGACCCGCAGGUGAGAGCGGGGCGCGGGGGCGCGCCGUGCUUGCGGAGCCGAUGGAGAGCCCUGCCCGCCCGGACGCUGCCGGCCCGCGCAGCCGCGUCGCUGAGGAGGCGCCGCCGCCCGGCGGGGAGAGCAGUGCCUCUGUAAAGACUGAAGAAAGAGUUGGAAGCGAUGUUGAGGACUGUCCUACCUCGCCAUGUGUAGAAGGUAUCUUCUCCGCCUCAGAUACAGGCAUGUCACAGCUGCCUUUUGGAGCUCUAGAGCUCUCACAGAGCCAGGACUUUGAGAGUGACUUUGUGCCCAAUGAAGAAGAUGCUAGGCAUCAGUUUCGCUCUGGAGCUGCUAUCCCAUCUUCUUCCAGACCUUCAAAGAGUGAUUCUAAAGAUGAACUGAACGUGCAUAACAGGCAAAUUGUCUCAGGCAUAGAAACGCAUGUUGCUUUGGAGAGCCAGCCAGAGGAGUUUGAAAGAGCUCUGCAGGAAGGGGAACAGGAUACCACGAAAGAAAUGCCUGUCUCUGAUCCAUUUAAAAGUGAGAAAUCCGCUGGCAUUUGUCAUGAGGAGUUGGAUAUCUUGUCAACUCAGGAAGAGAUGUUUCCCGAGAAUAAUGUAACAGGGAAUGGCUGUCCUGUAACCAGGGUGGAAGAGGGAAGUUCUCUGGCAUGCACCCCUGCCCGCAGUCUGCACCUCCUGCAGCUCUCUGGACAGGGAUCUCUUGUACAGCAGAGUCAUUCCACUGGCUCUUCAGGCCUAGUCGUUCCAUCUCCUGUUGCCUUUGGAUCCAGUGCUCUCGUCCCUAGCAGCCCUACUGAACAGGAGCAAGCAAAAGAUGAACAGAUGGAUAUCUCUAUCCCAUCACAAGAAAGAGAGCUGAUGCAGGAGGAGCAGCAGAGGGGAGAGGCGCUAGUGGAAAUAGCUAUCCCAUGUAUCCCACCAGGACCUUCUGUCCUCCCACAGGCUUCAACUCCAGUGUCCCAGAGUGCCCCAGCCUUCUUUCCUGCAUCUUUACCUAUACCAUCACAACCAGAGUUCUCUCAUGUGAGGGUUCAUGAUAUUUUUGUUCCAACUCAGAGCCCAGAGAAGAGACAUGAAGGAGAAGAAAAAACUGUUGCUUUAACCUGUUCGUGCUUACCAGGAAACCUCUCUGGAACCACAGAUGUUUUGUCAAAGGUGCCUAUAGGGGACUCUGUGCCACAGCCUUCGGAGUCGUGUAGUCUGAUCCUUUCUGUAAGUGAAUGUAGCGAGUCUACAAAAGCAGAAAUCAGUUCAGGCUCUCUGAAAACUAGCCAAGAUAGUGAAACUUUACGGGUACAGAAGGUUCCUGAAUGCAAGGCCUCAGACUUGAGCCUUUGUGCUGUGGAGAAUGACAACACAAAACUGAGACUGGAUGCAGGCCAUCAAGCCCUCUCUGAGAACUGUGAAAAAGCAAAAAAAGAGGGUAUAAAAACUGCAGGAAAGCCUGUAAUGCAGUUAGUUAAUGCAGGUGAAGCAGGAAAUGAGUCACUAGCCCUUACAGCUCAUCAGGAUCAUGGGUGUAUUUCUGGAAGUCAAGCUGCUGAACAUCAGUCUGGUCAGCCUGCGAUUUUGUCCUGUACUCAGGGCAGAGAAGCACAGUCUGAGGGUUAUCCAUUGGAAGAGAGUUCUGAACCUGAGGCAGUUCCUGAGACUCAAUGUGAAGAACAAGAAGAAAAGCUGCAAGUAGAAGAGAAGCAAAUAAACAAAGAUGAGUCUAUUGUUAACAUAGCCCUUUCUCAGAGGUUUAUCCUUGAAAGGGAAGUACAGAGUCAUGAAGACAUGGAAGUGGAUUUUGCUGGUGGCUCUGGUAAAAAUAGCAAAAAAUUGUCUGGUCAUACUGAAGAAUUAGGAAAGGUUGGACCAGAAUGCUGUGUAAAAGAAACUUUACAAGACUGUACUUCUGGCAUUGGAGAGGCAAAGAACAUGGAUAAACUGUCCUCUAAAGCUACUUCAGAAAACAUGCCAAAACUCAGUAAAGUUUUAUCUAAGCCUUCUGUAGGGGUGUUAAUGGAACAGCAUAACAAUUUGUUUCCUAGAUUAAAGACUGACAUUCCAUCAGAAGUGGCAUUGUGUGUGAAAAGCCACCCAGAUGGUUCAGAAUUAGACCAGGCAAUGAAAAUGGAGAAUCACACACCACUGCAGGAGAAGGGGGUUGACGUGCUUGUGGCUCAGCAGGAGAAUUGUAUACAGAAGAGUACAGAGGAUACUGCUAUGACAAGGAAUCUGGAGCAAGAAGAGAAGAUGCAGCCACAGGAGAGGGUAGCUGCUAAGUCUCCCAGUCCUUCCAAUGGAACUCCAUUUCAUUUUACUUUGCCAAAGGAGGGUGAUAUCAUUCAGCCCUUGACCAGCAUAACACCACCUCUUACUGGCCAGCUUAAAAUGGGACCUAGAAGACACAGCACGCCAAUUGUGGCUGAUAGUUGUCCAGACAGCACUAUAGCAACUAGUGAUGUUACAGCUGAGGGUACAAUGGGGACCAACAAUGUCACCAUGGAAAGUGCAGUGGUAUCAACGGAUGUGUCAGAAGUGUGUGAAAAAGGAGAUUCUCAUGUAGUUCCUGAGGCUGAUGCAAAACUCUCUCUGCAAAUGAACCUUGUUACCCCUGUGAAUGAUGGGAGUGAGGAAUCCCUGCGAUUCUGCUUGGAAAAGCCUACAGCCAGUGACAGGAAAAAUGGAUCUGCUGCUGCUGCCAGCUCCCAGAAAGCAUCAUCUGUGUUCAGUCGUGUCUGUGAAGUUCGGCGAGAGGAUGAGGCCAGAGGCCAUGACCUUUCAGCUUCUCCAUAUAGGGGGAAUCUAUUCAGUUUUCCUGGCACAGAAGAAGAUGAUGAAUUAUGUAAAAAUCCCAGUCAGCAGUGCCGGCAACACAGAGCAGAUGACAGUGGUAGACAGUUCCUAAUUCCUCGGAGGAUGCAACAGGGCUGCCAUCAACAACCUCUCUGUGCAGAGGAGAGGGAGUGUGUGGAGACUGGUACUAUUAGCACUCAGAUGGAAGAAGGGACAAGAACGCAGAAGAAACCAAGUAAAGCUGUUGCAAUUAAUGAAAGCCAAGAGAAGCAAGCAAAUACUAAUAAUAAAGGGAUUCAAACUGCAGCAGACUGUCAUUUUACCCCAACAACUGUUACAGUAGCAACACAAACAGCAGAAGGAAUCUGUAGGCGAGUGGAUGUGGGAACCAGUAUGUCUGGGCAAAGACUUGGUCGACAAGAUGCGAACAUCCAAACUGAGGAGAGUGGGGAAAAGCUUGUGAAUGCAUCUGGAGAAGACACAGACUCUCUGCACAGUCAGGGAGAGGAGGAAUUUAACCUUCUUCACCCACCUAGAGGCCAGGUUCAACGUCGCCACAUGCGAACUGUUCGAGAGGUGCGCACUGUUGUUACCCGUGUUAUAACAGAUGUUUACUAUGUAAAUGGUGCAGAGGUAGAACGAAAAGUAGUUGAGGAAACUGAGGAGCCUAUAGUGGAGUGCCAGGAGUGUGAGACAGACACAUCCUCCUCUAGAACAGCAGUGGGAUCAUCACUGACCUCAGGGGACCUUGGUGAUGUCAGUUCCUUCUCAUCUAAGGCCUCAAGCCUCCACCGCACAUCCAGUGGAGCAAGCAGUGGUCACUCUGCAACACACAGCAGCAGCUCAGCACGAGGAACUGGAGCUGUCAAAGGGAAAAUGUGUGGUGCGGAAACUGGAGAGUUUGUUUUACCCAUUGGCAGAGGUACCUUAGGAAGACUAAGCCCUAGGAAAGGAGCUGGUCAGCCAGCAUCUCCUCUCAGAGUUAGCCAGACAGGAGCGCUUCUGUGUGAGGAAGAGGAGGACUCUAUGCUUGGUACUCGUCAGGGUGGCAGAGCACCUGUUACACCUCGUGGGCGAGGAAGAAGAGGCCGCCCACCAUCUCGAACAACAGCAACAAGAGAUUUAGCUGGAAUUCCAGGUGUAGAGGAUCUCUCAACUACAGCAUCACCUGAGGAGAAAUCAUUUGUUCGUGCAGUUCGCCAGCCAGAUGGAGGGGAGAAAUCUGACACUUCUGGCUUCUGUGCCUUACGUCGAAGUGACUCUCCAGAAAUCCCGUUACAAGUGGUGACUGGUCCUUCAGACUGUGCAGACUCAUCCUCUGGGAGCAGCUUUGUGGGCCUCAGGGUUGUAGCAAAGUGGUCUUCAAAUGGGUACUUCUAUUCUGGAACGAUAACCCAAGAUGUUGGGGCAGGGAAGUACAAGCUGCUUUUUGAUGAUGGGUAUGAAUGUGAUGUGCUAGGAAAAGAUAUUUUACUCUGUGACCCUAUCCCACUGGAAACUGAGGUGACUGCACUCUCAGAGGAUGAGUACUUCAGUGCAGGUGUAGUGAAAGGACACCGGAAAGAGUCUGGAGAGCUAUAUUACUGCAUUGAAAAGGAAGGCCAGCGGAAGUGGUACAAACGAAUGGCUGUUAUCCUGUCUAUGGAACAAGGAAAUAAGCUCCGGGAGCAGUUUGGGCUAGGCCCUUAUGAACCUGUCACCCCCCUGGCGAAGGCAGCUGACAUCAGUCUCGAUAAUCUUGUGGAGGGGAAGCGGAAGCGACGUAGUAACCUUGCUUCUCCCAGCACUUCCAGCAGUAGCACAACUCCCACUCGUAAAGGGCUGGAGAGUCCACGCAUCCCACCAGGUGUGCUGUCUGGGAAGAGGAAGCUUGUCGCUUCUGAAGAAGAGAGAUCCCCAGCUAAACGUGGCCGCAAGUCAGCAACAAUGAAGCCUGGGGCUGUGAGAGCAGGAGAGUUUGUGAGCACCUGUGAAGGUGUAGAUGCUGUAGAUCCCCCAGUUCUGGAGGACCAUCAUGGACCAUUGCCCCACAAUAAGACACUCUUUUUGGGUUAUGCCUUUCUUCUCACCAUGGCAACACCCAGUGACAAAUUGGUCAAUCGCCAGAAAACAUCAGAUGGUCCUGCAGGGAGUAGUGAAGAAGAAGAAGAAUUUUUAGAUAUGACUCCAUACAACAAACAUUAUAUAGCACAACAGCUGCGAGCAGGAGCCGGCUAUAUCUUGGAAGACUUUAAUGAAACCCAGUGUAAUGCAGCGUAUCAGUGUCUUUUAAUUGCGGACCAGCACUGUCGAACUCGGAAAUACUUGCUGUGCCUUGCCAGAGGAAUCCCUUGUGUGUCUCAUAUCUGGGUCCAUGAUAGCUGUCAUGCUAACCAGCUUCAAAAUUACCGGAAUUACCUUUUGCCAGCUGGUUAUAGCCUCCAGGAGCAAAAACUGCUAGAAUGAUUUACCUCUAAUGCCAAGGUGGCUGCCAUAUACACAAAAAAGUCUGCUGGGAAGAAAGAUUUCAGUCUCCUCUUAAGGAAGAAUCGGGCAAGAUUUCCCACACACUUGGCUGACCUCUCUAAUUGCUCAGAAAUGGACAAAGGAGAGCUGGCACAUUUUGAAGUCAGGUUCUGUAUUUUCUGUGGAAUUUAAUCCGGAAGGUCUGUUCGAAGAGAACAGAUGUCAGGUCAAACUUCUCAGGUAAGGUGAGGAACAGACAAAAGCAGUUUUCAGAUCCCCAUAGGCUUUUGGGCAGGAGACUGAUGUCAUCUUGCUCAGCCCUGUCAAAGUGGAGAUGUUUCGGACAUGCACAGGAAAGGUGAUUCAGGAUCAAGGAGGAGGCUAGCCUAGCUCUGAAUUUAGGCUGCCAUGCACAUUGCCAGUGUGGUCUGGCUCUGUUUUUAUUACCUAUAAAUAGAGAAUUGUUCCAGGUGUUUUGGGGUGGUGGUAAGAGGGCAGGUCACUGUAUACAAGAUACUCAAAGAACUAAUAUGGGAGCCAGUAAGGUGACAAGGGGAAAUAGAUAAUGGUCUUCAAAUAAAAGCUCAGAUUAUCAGGUAUUUGUAGCAAUCUGCAAUUCCCUUUCUU